UUGUGGAUCGCAUUUCUGCAACAAGCGCCACAUUCAAGGUUGGUUGACUCGAAAGAUUUGUUGUUUUGCGGGGAGUUUGAAAAGAAAAUAACAUUUAUGACAGUUGAAGAUGGAGAAGACAGUCAAGUUACUGAAGGUCGCCAUGACCCUGGCGUGUUUUAUCGUCUGCACCAGCGCUGAUAUAACCGGAUGUGAACACAAGGGCAAGAGGUACCAGGUAGGUGAUCGUGUACCUGUAGACAGCUGCAACAGGUGCACCUGUGCAGGUAACAACAUGACCGCCUGCACGAAAAUGGGAUGCGACCCCUCCCUAAUCUGUGAGCAUAAUUUCGUGUGGUACAAGGCCGGGGACCGGGUGCCGGUUGACCGGUGUAACAUUUGUACAUGCACGACAACCGGAAAUAUUGUGUGCACAGAAAAAGCUUGCGUCAACAACACGUGCGAGCAUAAGGGAAAGGUGUACCAGGCAGGUCAGAGGGUCCCCGUGGACAGCUGCAAUAUCUGCACGUGCAGGGGCAACAACAUGACGCAAUGCACGCUCAUGGCGUGUGACCCCAGUCUGGUGUGUGAGCACGCCGGGAAGUGGUACAGAGCUGGGGACCAGGUGCCUAAAGACAGGUGCAACACCUGCACGUGUCAGCCAGGUGGGGACAUCGCGUGCACGAAGAAAGCUUGCGUGGACAACCCAACGUGUGAACAUAAAGGAAAGAUUUACCGUCGUGGUGAUCGUGUACCCGUGGACAGUUGCAACACCUGCACAUGUCAAGGUAACAACGUCACGAUCUGCACCCUGAUGGGAUGUGACCCCAGCCUCGUAUGUGAACACAAUGGAAAGUGGUACAGGUCAGGUGACAGGGUACCUGUCGACUCCUGCAACACCUGCACCUGUGGGAGUGGGGGCAGCAUCGCCUGUACAAAGAUGGCCUGUCCCCCGAGCUGUCUGCACAACGGCACGUGGUACCCCGUGGGUCAGAGGGUACCUGUGGACGCGUGCAACACCUGCACCUGUGCAACAGGUGGGAACAUGCAGUGCACCAAAAUGAUUUGCCCAGUGAGGAAAUGUCAGAAGGACGGGAAGACGUACAACAUCGGACAGCGAGUACCAUCCAACGACUGCAACACAUGCACGUGCAGGGAUAAUGGACAGGUCACGUGCACCAAGAUGAUGUGUCGAGGCUAAAGUUCCGGUCAUCACAUCACGUGACAGAAAUAAUUAAUUAAUCACCCAGAAAGGGAGACAAUCUCAUUAAUAUACCAAGUCAAGAGAGAGAACUCCAACUUAAUUUCAUCGCUUGCUGAUUGACACAAAUUAUGUUAAUUAUGCUAAUUUAGAAUGGAAUAAAAUAUAUAUACACAA